AUGAUGCUGGAGGCUGAGAUGGCGGAACUUGAAAGGCUGGUUGCUCUAGAGGAAGAGCAGAUUAUGCAAGCAAAAGUCUUGAGCUUGGAGGAAGCUGCAAAGGCAUCCUGGGUUGAGGCUUCAGCACCUGAGGCUUCCAAGAGGCCCCAUCAGCCCUCAGAGAAGGUCUUGGCAGCAACAGCAAGCGAUGCAAAGAGACCCUGUGUAGAAGCACCCCAGAAGCCCUCGGUGUUGCCGGCAACAACAAGCGAUGCAAAGACGCCCCGUGUAGAAGCACCCCAGAAGCCCUCAGAGAAGGUGUUGUCGGCAACAACAAGCGAUGCAAAGAGGCCCCGUGUAGAAGCACCCCAGAAGCCCUCAGAGAAGGUGUUGCCAGCAACAGCAAGCGAUGCAAAGAGGCCCCGUGUAGAAGCACCCGAGGAGGUUCAGCAAACCCCAGAGAAGGUUUUGCCAAAGAGGCCUCGAACCAGUCCGGAUGCUGAGACAGUGGCAAAGAGUGCAUUGCUAGCUGGGACGGACAUUCCUUCAGGACCUGACUGCUUCGAUACUCUUCCGUACGACAUGGAGAUGGUGAGCCUCGACAGCAAGCUCUUCGAGAUGGCGGUUGAUGAGGAGGGCUCUCAGGCGACAGAUCCCGAUGAUGAUGCUGAUGAUGAUGGCAGUGCUGAUGAAGUUCGGAGCCACGAUCGCAGCUGCUCUCCGAUUCCAGCUGAAUCCGAUGCUGUCACCCCGACCGAACCCGAAGGGGAAGUCCCGACUGAAGCAGAUGGCUCGCCAGUCUUGCCACCCUGCCCUUCCUCAGGCGAUGCAAAGGCCUUAUGUCCUGCAGAGCAGAAUCGGAUGAGUGGGGCCAAGGCUAAAACCAAAGCGAAAGCAAAAGCUAAGUGCAAAGUCUUGAUUUCCAAGCCCGACCGAAGUGCUUCAGAGGACGCUGAGAGUGAUGAUGAUGACGAGGAUGAGCCUGUUAGCUUCAAGCGGCCAGCAGGCCGUGGUCUGCCCCGGGGCGGUCGUGGAGCCACUGCCUGUGGGCGGGGCAGAGGGCGUGGACGUGGCAGGGGUCGGGGAGCCAAGGCAAAGAAUGAUGAGGAUGAAGAUGCUGAGGAGAUGUCACAGGAGGAGCAAGAGGAGGGAGACGAUGCCAAGAGCCGGGUUUCGAAGAAGGAGAAAGGAGAUGCCAAGGCCAAAGCCAAGCCCAGAGGUAAGGCGAAAGCCAAGGCGACAGCCACCAAGAAGAAAAGUAAGGAACAGCUUGCAAAGGAAGCCAAGAGCCGGAAAUCCGUUGCAUACCACAAAGCCUUUAAAAGCGCAAAGGAUGAAGGAUGCCUCCACGACGCCAGCCUCGUGUUCGCCAGUGGCAAGUUCGCAGUUGCCUUGCAGGUAUUGUUGCUUCGCUGGAUGGAAACAUUAUCCUAUGAUGGGACCUACGAGUUCUUUGAAUUGUUUGCCGGAGAGGGCAAAGUUACGCAUGCCAAAGGCUACCGCACCGCCAGCUUCGACAAGGUCUACGGGGGCCCCAUGGACUUUCUCAAAAGUUCGGGCUUCACGAGUGAUGGCUGCAAUUUUGUUCGUGAGUUCAGUCGGCACCUUGGCAAAGACGGCAAGAUGAAGUUCACUGGCCAGAAGAAGGAGCUGAAGCAAUCUGGGCGCCUCGCUAGUCAUCAAGGGUUUUGGGAAUCGAGGGUUGUCGGGAUUCAGAGUAGAAGCAAGGCGAGGGCCAGAGAGGUAGAGGGACACCGGGGGCAGAGAGAGAGAGAGAGACCUAGACAAGACAGAGAGAGAGGGAGGGGUUUGGGAUCUUUUGUUGGGUGGCUUGGGGUGUUCCGAUCUUGA